GGCGGCGCCGAGGGCGCGGCGCGGGGCAGCGCUGAAAGUUGGGCGGCCCGCGGGGAGCGGCGCGGGACGGCCCGGAGACCGCGAGACCCGGGGACCGACGGACAGACCCACAGGCAGCCGGGGAGGGGGGGCGGGGCCGGCCCACCGAGUUCGCGGGGAGUGGGCGCCGGGACACCCUUCUCCCCGCCCGGGACGCCGCCCGCCCGACUGCGCCUGGGAUGUAGCGCCCGUUCGCCGCCUCCCGGAGACUCGUCGGACCCUGCGCCCCGCGGCCCUGCGUCUUCCCAGGUGACCACGCCGGCUUCAGGACAUGCACGGGCACAGCCGCAACGGGCAGGCCCACGUGCCCCGGCGGAAACGCCGCAACCGCUUCGUCAAGAAGAACGGCCAAUGCAACGUCUACUUCGCCAACCUGAGCAACAAGUCGCAGCGCUACAUGGCGGACAUCUUCACCACCUGCGUGGACACACGCUGGCGCUACAUGCUGAUGAUCUUUUCCGCGGCCUUCCUUGUCUCCUGGCUCUUUUUCGGCCUCCUCUUCUGGUGCAUCGCCUUCUUCCACGGUGACCUGGAGGCCGGCCCGGCGGGGGCCGCGGCGGGGGCCCCGGUGGCGGGAGGCGGCGGGGCGGCCCCGGCGGCCGCCAAGCCCUGCAUCAUGCAUGUGAACGGCUUCCUGGGUGCCUUCCUGUUCUCCGUGGAGACGCAGACUACCAUCGGCUAUGGGUUCCGAUGCGUGACGGAGGAGUGCCCGCUGGCGGUCAUCGCCGUGGUGGUCCAGUCCAUCGUGGGCUGCGUCAUCGACUCCUUCAUGAUCGGCACCAUCAUGGCCAAGAUGGCCCGGCCCAAGAAGCGGGCGCAGACGCUGCUGUUCAGCCACCACGCGGUCAUCUCGGUGCGCGACGGCAAGCUCUGCCUGAUGUGGCGCGUGGGCAACCUGCGCAAGAGCCACAUCGUGGAGGCCCACGUGCGGGCCCAGCUCAUCAAGCCCUACAUGACCCAGGAGGGCGAGUACCUGCCGCUGGACCAGCGGGACCUCAACGUGGGCUACGACAUCGGCCUGGACCGCAUCUUCCUGGUGUCGCCCAUCAUCAUCGUCCACGAGAUCGACGAGGACAGCCCGCUCUACGGCAUGGGCAAGGAGGAGCUGGAGUCGGAGGACUUUGAGAUCGUGGUCAUCCUGGAGGGCAUGGUGGAGGCCACGGCCAUGACCACCCAGGCCCGCAGCUCCUACCUGGCCAGCGAGAUCCUAUGGGGUCACCGCUUCGAGCCCGUGGUCUUUGAGGAGAAGAGCCACUACAAGGUGGACUACUCGCGCUUCCACAAGACCUACGAGGUGGCCGGCACGCCCUGCUGCUCCGCCCGGGAGCUGCAGGAGAGUAAGAUCACCGUGCUGCCCGCCCCACCGCCCCCGCCCAGUGCCUUCUGCUAUGAGAAUGAGCUGGCCCUCAUGAGCCAGGAGGAAGAGGAGAUGGAGGAGGAGGCUGCGGCCGCUGCCGCCGUGGCCGCGGGCCUGGGCCUGGAGGCAGGCUCCAAGGAGGAGGCGGGCAUCAUCCGGAUGCUGGAGUUUGGCAGCCACCUGGAUCUGGAGCGCAUGCAAGCCACCCUCCCGCUGGACAACAUCUCCUACCGCAGGGAGUCCGCCAUCUGACCUCCAGGCCCGCCCUCUCGCUUCCCACCAGAGCCUCUUCCGGGGGUGGGCUGCCAGGACACCUCCACCGCACUCAGGACACAGUGGCUCACCCUGGCUCCAUGGACCUUCUGGAGAGAGCUGGGGGCUUCAGAGACUGGGAGGCCCCUUCCUACUGACUCCAGAACCCAGGCCUGGGAAAGGGCCAGGAGACCCUCGGUCUGGUCAGCCUGGGUUCUCCAGCACCUACCCACUGGCGGCUCAGGAACCCCAGACCCACCACCCUUUCCCCACCGACCCUUCAAGGACAUUCCCCCUUUGCUCUCAGAACCUUGGGGAAGGCGGCUGGACUGUCGGGGGGUGGGCAUCUGGGGGUUCCGGGGUGGGCCGGUGGUUAGUUUGAGGGGGUGGGAGGGGUGUGCGUUUCUUUUGCAUGACUGUGGUCUGUUGCUCAUGACUUUCUUUCGUAAAUAUCUAUAAAUGGAGAGAUGGAGGUACCA